AUGGACACGGUCCGCGUUGGCCUUAUGACACUCCUGGAGGACCAUGGGGAUAUGAGCACGCGAUUCCAAACGUACGUGACAUGGAAUGAGCUGCAUCAGCUCUUGAACAGGCGUUUCCCUCGUUCGACCGGAGACUGGGCCACUGACAUCGAGCAGCGAGAGCCCAAUCUAUUGGCCAAGCAACGAACGAACAGGUUCAAGCACAAGAAGCCAAGACACCGACGGAGCAGAGCCUCAAAACGAUUGCAGAAGGACGAGGCCCCCCAGUCGAGCUGCGCGACGGGUCUGGAGGAAGCCCCGACCACAACCGACCCGGAGACUGGACGCAACGGGGUCGCAUCGACCUCACUGGCUGUGAUCCUGCAUUUUCCCGAAGACCAUGGAACAGAACCGACGCGGAACGGACACGGCAGACUCUAUGCCAAUGUCCAGAAAUGCAAGCCAACGACUGAGGAGCUAGUCGCAGCCAUCAGCAACGCCCGGGUCACGGUGGCCUUGCAGACCAACGGGGUCCAGAAUGAGAACAUGCCGGCCGCUGACUGGGAGCUUGGAGGACGGGUCUGCGAGAUAGCGUCGGAGAACGGCCCGAGUUUCUUCAAGGGCCGAACUUUGAGUGCCGGCGGCUUUGAUGCCUUUUAG